GAUCCAUCCCAGCUUCCGUUGGUUUGCUUCAUCUCAGAGCCCGUUGAUAUGCAGAUUAAAGAUGGGUGAAACCAACAUGUGGUCAUGUUUCUGAACUGACGGGAUCCAUUCACUGCAGAAAUGCACGUUUAGACUAGAGAUCAAACUGGUUUCAUGAAGACAAAAGCUCACACAGUCACUGACACUGAGAGGAGAGAUGGCACAGAAAGGAGUUCAACUGGACCAAGAAACAAUUUCAUGUUCGAUCUGUUUGGAUCUACUGAAGGAUCCAGUGACUACAGCCUGUGGACACAGCUACUGCAAGAACUGUAUCGAAACCCACUUUGAUGAAGAGGACAGGAAGGGAAUCUACAGCUGCCCUCAGUGCAGGAAGACUUUCACACCGAGGCCUGUCCUGGAGAAAAACACCAUGUUAGCAGCUUUAGUGGAGCAGCUGAAGAAGACUGGACUCCAAGCUGCUCCAGCUGAUCACUGCUAUGCUGGACCUGAAGAUGUGGCCUGUGAUGUCUGCACUGGGAGGAAGCUGAGAGCCAUCAAGUCCUGUUUAGUCUGUCCAGCCUCUUACUGUGAGAAACACCUCCAACCUCACUAUGAUGCAGCUCCAUUAAAGAAACACAAGCUGGUGGCCCCCUCCAACAAGCUCCAGGAGAACAUCUGCUCUCGUCAUGAUGAGGUGAUGAAGAUUUUCUGUCGUACUGAUCGGCAGAGUAUCUGUUAUCUCUGCAAAAGAGAUGAACAUAAAGGCCACGAAACAGUCCCAGCUGCAGCAGAAAGGACUGAGAAGCAGAAGGAGCUCGCGGUGAGACGACUAAACAUCCAGCAGAGAAUCCAGGAGCGAGAGAAAGAUGUGAAGCUGCUUCAGCAGGAGGUGGAGGCCAUCAAUGGCUCUGCUGAUAAAGCAGUGGAGGACAGUGAGAAGAUGUUCACUGAGCUGAUCCGUCUCAUCCAGAAAAGAAGCUCUGAUGUGAAGCAGCAGGUCAGAUCCCAGCAGCAAACUGAAGUGAGUCGAGUCAAAGAGCUUCAGGAGAAGCUGGAGCAGGAGAUCGCUGAGCUGAAGAGGAAAGACGGCGAGCUGGAGCAGCUCUCACGCACAGAGGAUCACAACCAUUUUCUACACAACUACCCCUCACUGUCAGCACUCAGUGAGUCGACACACUCAUCCAGCAUCAAUAUCCGUCCUCUGAGCUACUUUGAGGAUGUGACAGCAGCUGUGUCAGAGACCAGAGAUAAACUACAGGACAUUCUGAGAGAGGAAUGGACAAACAUCUCACUGACAGUCACUGAAGUGGAUGUUUUACUGUCACCAGCAGAGCCAAAGACCAGAGCUGGAUUCUUAAAAUAUUCACGUGAAAUCACACUGGAUCCAAACACAGCAAACACACAUCUGUUAUUAUCUGAGAGGAACAGAAAAGCAACAUUUAAGGAACAACAACAGUCUUAUUCUGAUCAUCCAGACAGAUUUCUUCCUUGUUGGCAGGUCCUGAGUAAAGAGAGUCUGAGUGGACGUUGUUACUGGGAGGUGAAGUGGAGAGGAAAUGUUUAUGCAGCAGUUUCAUACAAGAAUAUCAGCAGAGUAGGAAGGCUAAAUGAUUGUGUAUUUGGAUUAAAUGAUAAAUCUUGGGCAUUAAGUUGCGAUAGCAACAGUUAUAAAUAUUUCUACAACAAAGUCCAAACUGAGCUCUCAGGUCCUGAGGCUUCCACAUUAGGAGUGUACCUGGAUCACAGAGCAGGUAUUCUGUCUUUCUACAGCGUCUCUGAAACCAUGACUCUACUCCAUAGAGUCCAGACCACAUUCACUCAGCCGCUCUAUGCUGGACUUAUGCUUUUUGAGCGAGGAGACACAGCAGAGUUCAUUAAAUUGAAAUAGACAGAGUGGGUAGGUUUAUGUUCUCCAAAGAAGCCUUAACAUUUUAGAAAUUCAGAGGUUUAACCAGUUAUUGUUGUAAUAAAGUUUAAAAGUUAGUGUCUAAAAAAUAUACUGCUGUAAAUAAAUGUGUAGCUACAUUCCUUGGUUUAUCUGCUGGAUGUUUCUGGAAGUUUAAUGUCCCUUAAUCUGUUUAUGAUCAACAAAAGUGGUGUAUUUUGGAUAGUUUCUUCACCUGCUAUAUAUAACUCAUGUUUUAUCGACUCCAAUUAAACAUAAUGUUAAAACAAUAAACAAUGUUACUUGGUUGGUAGUUAAACCCUUUAAUCCGAUAAAUUGUAAAAAUGUAUUAGUGGAUUCUUUGCUGUUUGGGACACAUUGCUAAAACAUUUAGAGAAAAUUAAAACCAUACCCACCUGAAAGAUGCUUGACAGCUGCCGUAAAUCCUUUUUUUGUGUGUGAUCGGGAUUAAUUUUUUUUCCCCCCUCUGGAUCGGUGUCCAAUAUGUUCUUGGGGUGGGGUAAAUAUAUAAAAAGGAGCGUUGUGGCCUUGCUAUACGUAUGUCUUUGUACUACAUUGUUGAUGCUCAAUUUAAAAAAAAAAUGUAUUAGUCAGCAAUUAAUGGACAACAAGCAGCAGUAUGCAAUGACUGAUCAGCAACUAUUCUUGCACUUCAUUCAAAGUCUUGAACUUGCAUUUGUUCUCUAUAGAGCGCUCAGUCUGAGGUCCAAUGAGAUGUCCAAAAAGAUAAACUGUCAUGGCCCUGGGUCAUGCGACCCAGUAUGUUGAGUUUUUUGGUGUUUUGUUAUUCUUUUUAGUCUAGUUUUCAUUUCAGCAUAUUUAGUUUCAUUCUGCCAUGUUUUGUGUCUCAGUUUUCCUUGGUUGUAAGAUUCAAGUCAUGGCCGUGUCUUCUUAUGUUUCCUGUUUUAUUUUGAAAGAGCUUGGUGUGUUGUGUUUAUUGUAUUUAGUUUCACGUGUCCUGUCAUUAUGUUAAUUGUUG